GUUCUUUUGUACAAAAUUAUGUUUAUCAGUGUGUUUUGGUGGCAAGUAAUAUAAUGCAAAUGUUCAGUGUUCAGAAAUGUGCCUAUGUGACCAUGUGGUAAAAAGGCAACUUUGAAAGCUAGCUUCUACUGUAUAUAAGUAAAUUUAAUAUUAUUAACAGUUGUGCUUUGCAUGCUUACUUCGUCGUGUGUUCAGUGUUUUUAAUGUGUUCAUAUUUAGCAUUCAGUGUCCUCUCUGGGGAUAAGAUCAUCUUCAACGUGCUUUCUGUUAUGUAUUUGAUAGAUGGAAGAGGAUGCCCCAAAGCACAUCAUCCAGAUCACUGGAUUUAAGAUGGAAGAAAAGGAAGCUCUAGGCAAAUUGCUUUUAAAACUAGAUUGCACUUUUAUUAAGAGUGAGAAAUACAAGAACUGUACACAUCUUAUAGCUGAACGACUGUGUAAGAGUGAAAAAUUUUUAGCAGCUUGUGCCGCAGGCAAGUGGGUCCUCACCAAGGACUACAUCAUUCACAGUGCUAGGAGCGGAAGGUGGCUGGACGAGACAACUUACGAAUGGGGUUAUAAGAUUGAAAAGGACUCCCAUUAUUCCCCUCAAAUGCAGUCUGCACCCAAAAGAUGGCGGGAAGAACUGAGGCGCACCGGUGCGCCAGGAGCUUUUCACAGAUGGAAAGUGGUCCUGCUUGUCCGAGCUGACAAGAGGAGUGACUCCCUCAUGAGAGUUUUGGAAGCUGGAAAGGCAGAUGUUGUUUUGCCGAAAAGCUCAUCGAGUGGAGUAACCCAUGUGAUUGCCAGUAAUGCAAGAAUCAGUGCGGAGAAAGAAAAAGACAACUUUAAGGCUCCAUUUUAUCCAAUUCAGUAUCUUGGGGAUUUUCUUUUAGAGAAAGAAAUUCAAAAUGAUGAAGAUUCCCAAAUCAGUUCUGUUUUGACCAGGUGUGCUAAUCAAGAAAAAAACAGAGAUUUGAAAAAAGAGAAAGAAUUUCCUGAAAUGAAAGGUGCCUUAAGACAGACCAUCUGUAGAACUCAGGUAAAAUUUUGUAUGGAAAAUCGUGAUGUUAAUAAUAGUUCUGUUUUGACUGAACAUCACAGAAGAGAAAAAUUCAGAGACUCCAGUAAAAGUUUGAAAUAUUUUAAAAUGAAAAAUACGCUAGGAAGGCAUGCAUUUGGAAAUCAGAAGAAAAAAAAGAAAAAAGAACCAGAUAUUCACCGGAAUUAUUCUUUGAGGAAAAAACGAAAAACAGAAACUGAUUGCAGAAAAGAGAUCGAACAUGACAAAAUAAGAAGAACCUUAAGAAACCAUAUGCAUUAUAGCGACCAGUACUUUUACAUGUAUGCAAAGGAAAUGAAGAAUUCUUUUUUUGCUGAUUAUGGCAAAGAAUCAAGGGCAAAAGACAGAGCAGAUGCGGAUAUUACUGAAGUAAAAAAUGCCUUAAAGAAGCACAUAUACAGAGCUCAGGCUGUCAGAUACAACUGCAUUAGGAUAGAUAAAGAACCCAUGUACAAUGCAGAGGUUAAAAAUACUGAAUUUCCCAGAGGUGUAUUAAAUUUAAUUGAAAGUCUCAUAGAAGGGCAGUUCUUUAAGGAAGCAAUAGAGGAGCUUUCCUCCUUGCAAGCACAAUAUAUCCCCCCUGUAUGCCUUCUUCAUGCUCUUCUAGAAAAUGUUCUACAGGAUAACAUAGAUACAUUUUCUGGUCGAUACUUUCAUGUAUUGUCAGCUCUUCUUCAUCUGCAUCCUCCCUGGAAGUCCCCAGCCAUGUCCAGAUAUUACUUAGAGUUAUUCCAGUGUCCAACUUGUAUGAAAGGAGCCUGGUCCCUGGUGGAAGUACUUAUCAGAUCUUGCCUUUUCAAUGAAAAUUUUUGUCAUCAAAUUUCUGAAAGUAUCAGUGAUUCUAAGGUACUCUACUUGACACUACUCAAAUUUUUUCUGAAUUUAGUUGAAAGUGAAGUGCGACAUCUGAGUCAAAGGCUGUGUGACUGGUCAGAUUCUGAGAGUCUGAAAAUAACAGGAAAGGCAGUUAUUCUGGAAAUCUUCUGGUCAGGAAGUGAGACUUCUGUACUUCUGACAAAACCAGUGAAUAUGCUUUUAGAAUGGACCAUAUAUUCUCACAAACAAAAAUGCAAGUCUAAUGAUGUCUUCAAACAUGAGCUUGCUUACUUACUGACUGGAAUUCUUGGGGCUGCGAUAGAUUAUUGGAUCUUUCUUGGUCUGAAGAUGGGUAGAAAUGUGAUACGACACAUGUCUGAUGACUUGGGAAGCUAUGUUUCCCUGUCCUGUGACGACUUUUCUUCACAGGAAUUAGAGGUUUUCAUUUGCUCCUUUUCCUCCUCCUGGCUUCAAAUGUUUGUUGCCGAGGCAGUCUUCAAGAAGCUAUGUUUACAAAGCUCCAUCAGUGUUUCCUCAGAGCCUCUCUCUCUCCAGAAAAUGGUAUAUUCCUAUUUGCCAGCUUUGGGAAAAACUGGUGUUGUGCAUGGAAGUGCAAAGAUACAGAAACCAAAGAAAAUAGGACAGCGGCCUUGCCUCGAAUCUCCGAGAGCGCUACUGAUGUUGAAUGGUGCUAAACGGAAGCAGGUCGAAGGGCUUUCCGAGUUACCAGAACGAAACCUUUCUAAAUGUUCCUCAUCAUUAAAAAAGCUGAAAAAGAAGUCAGAAGGGGAACUGUCAUGUUCCAAGGAGAAUUGCCCCUCUUUAGUUACUAAGAUGAAUUUUCAUAAGACUAAUCUGAAAGGAGAAACAGCCCUGCAUAGAGCUUGCAUAAAUAACCAAGUGGAGAAAUUGAUUCUUCUUCUGUCUUUGCCAGGAAUCGACAUCAAUGUUAAAGACAAUGCUGGCUGGACGCCUUUGCAUGAAGCCUGUAACUAUGGCAACACAGUGUGUGUCCAGGAAAUUUUGCAACGUUGUCCAGAGGUAGAUCUGCUCACUCAAGUGGACGGAGUGACUCCUUUGCAUGAUGCACUGUCAAACGGACACGUAGAAAUUGGCAAGCUGCUACUACAGCAUGGGGGCCCAGUGCUUUUACAGCAGAGGAACUGUAAGGGAGAGCUGCCCUUGGAUUACGUGGUAUCCACGCAAGUCAAGGAAGAGCUGUUUGCUGUGACGAAGGUUGAAGACACAAUGGAGAACUUCCAUGCCCAGGCAGAGAAACAUUUUCAUCACCAGCAACUUGAAUUUGGUUCAUUUUUACUUAGUAGGAUGUUGCUAAACUUUUGUUCAAUUUUUGAUUUGUCUGCAGAGUUCAUGUUAGCUUUCAAAGGGUUAACCCAUCUGAAUGAACUGCUCAUGGCUUAUAAAAGUUAUAAAGAAUCGACCAGUGCUCAUACCGACUGGCUGUUAGAUCUUUAUGGUAGAAACAUAAAGACACUGCAGAAGCUCCCAAAUAUUCUCAAGGAACUUCCUGAGAAUUUGAAAGCAUGUCCUGGGGUACACACCGAGGCCUUAUUGGUGACCUUGGAAAUGAUGUGUCGAUCAGUCACUGAGUUUUCAUGAUCAUGCCAAAAAGUAUGAGGCAAUGUUCUAAAACUGCUAAACUUGCUUUGUUGUCUGUGAUGGACUGCAUAGCAUAUUAACCCGUAAUUUAUUUAUUGACAGACUUUAUAGCUUUACUAAAUCUUAAAAGCACUUGAAGCACUUCGGCAAAGCUAUUAAUAGGCAUUUUUUUUUUUUUCCGGUGUGUGGGAUUUGACCCAAAAGUAAAAAUAGUUUUGUUUGAUACACUGCUUUUAUUAUCUCUUUUAAGUUUUUUGUUAUGAAAAUGAUCUUAUUUAUCUAUUUAUGUUAUGUAUACAAAAAAAUUUUUUUUUCAAAUCAAAAUGUCCUCUUCUAGGUGACCUAGGUGUUAGAAUCAUGGCAAGGGUAUUCAUACAUAUUGUGUCUAUAAGUGUGUCACUCUCUUUCUUUAUAGAUGUUUGGACUAAAAUAUACAUUUUGAGUUCUGUGUAUUUCUAAAAUAAACAUUUCUAAAAUUUAUGGUAAUACUCUUUUGGAUUUUAAAUGCAUAGAAUAUACAGUCUAAUGAGUCAGUCACUUGAUUUUUUUUUUUUUUUUUAACUUUACAAUGGCAGUACAAAAUACAUUACUGCUCCCGGUAACCAGUAUCUGUGAGUGAGAACAUGAUUGCAUAACAACAUUCUAAGUAUUAAGAUUCUAGAUCUCACCUAAAUGAUAGAUUUGGAACUAUAUAAAAUCUUGCUGUGUGGUAUAAAUUUAGAGAGUAAUAAUGCUUCAGUUUACAGUUUUUUCCUGACGGCAGUUUAUAAUAGAGCUGAGAGAGUAUGGAUAUCAGCCUCUUUUGAAAUUGGAGUUGCUUUGCUUUGGGAGUGAGUUACAUUGUGAUACAGCUGGAAAGGAAACAUUAAAACUUCCAUUUAGCUUUUAUGUAAGCAAUGUUACGAUCACAUUACAACAAUUAAUCUGAAGAAGUACAAUUAAAUUUUAUCUUGAAAAUCAGCCUUUUGACAAGAUCCAAAUGCUCAGCCAUCAUAUUGCUAGGUUUAUAUAUAAAUUGAAAGUUGAUAUAAUAGUAUGCCAGCCAAGAAUAAAAAUCAAGGGUUUUUUUUUCUUUGCCUGUUUUCUAACAACAUAUUUCCUACACAUUUCUCAGCUAUUGAUUGCUUCUAUUAGGUUUUCAAAUCUAACUUCAUGCACAUACUUUUUUUUUUCCUAGUCUGCCGAAGUAUCAAAAAAAAAACAUGAUUUACUGCAAAAUAUCUAAAGGAUUUGAAAAUACUCAUGGGAAGUGAAAUACUUCCCCAACAGUGAAUAAACGCAUUUUUAUGCCAGAGCACCUGUGCUAAUUGCUCAGUAAGCUAAAGUGAAGAAUGUAGGGUCAGAUCUUUUGCAGGUUUUUAUUCUUGCCAUGGCAGAGUGAAGUUGGCUAAUCCCAUUGUAUGGCACUUAAUAAAUAGUGUUUCUUUGCUACUUACUUCCUCCUGAGUAUAAGAAACUAUUUAAACCAAAAGUAAAAAUAGUAAUUACUUUCUAAAGCAUGAGUUUGAGUUUUAACAAAAGGUUUUCUAACUUAGACAUUCAGAAAAAGUGUUUAGUUGUAUUUAGUGUUAAUAUUUCAUAAUGGUUGUAUGAGGAUAUAUAGUAUAAAACACUUAAAUACCCCUGAGGUCUCAGAGGUUUUCUAGUUCCUCAGAAGUCCAGUUUGGCAUACAUAGGCUACUGUCUUUCCUGAAUUAACAAUAAUAAUAUAAAUGGGAAUUUAAACCUGCAAGGGGAAAAAAAAAAACCUAAACACUCUAUUGAUCCUAGAAUGUAUCAGUCUUCUUACAUUAAAUUAUAAAAAGAAAUUUAAAAAGGAAGCAGUUGCCUUAAACAAACAAAACAAGUUCUUAAAACUAGAAAAUAAAGAAAUUCUAAUACAAUUCGUAGUUAUUUUGAACCCCAGCCUUUAAGCUGGACACUUCUCCAGGUUGUCAUUGAAGACCAGACUGAGUAAUGCUAUUCAUCACUAGGCCAGAUUUGGCAUCAUAGUUCCUUGUAAUUGUUUAGGGGGGAAAUGCUUAGAUUAAAAAGCCUGGAAGGAAAUUUCUGAAUUGUUAAGACACAGCUUUUCUCCAGGUAGUGCUUACAGGUCAACAAUUCUCUUUGAAGUUGUGUCAUCUACAUCAUUAAUUUUUAAUUUUCCUAGCAGGAUGGUCCAAUUAUAUGCCUUUUCUGCCAUUUCACCAACUCCAAAAUGACCAGAAAAACAUUUUUCUCAUAUCAAUAAUAUAAGCAAUUACUCAACAAUGUUAAAUUCUUCAUUUUUUGAUACAUGAAAACCCUACUGAGUACUGGGUGGCAUGUUUGACAGGGGUUCAAAGAAAGGAGAAACGAUUACAGGCUGGGAAGGAGAGCUAGGCUUACAUGAUUUGGAGUUUUAUUGCUUUAAUAUAUGCUCUUGGGGAAAAAAAUAAGCCAUACCAUGAAUCUUAAAUUUGCUUAAUAACUGGCUUUGGCAUUUAAAAGUAAAUAAUUAAUCUAAUAGUCUAAUCCUUUGAUCAGUAUUUUUACAGUGGAUAACGCGAGGGUUCUGUUUUUUCACUCUUCAUGAGCAAAUAUGUAGUCUUUAAGAUGCAUACCUUAAUGUUGAGAUUCUUCACAUGAACUCCACAAACCCCUUGCCAUUUUCCUGUUUGCUGUUUUAGAAAGUUAAUUAAAUGAACACCCACACGUGAAAAGUUUGGGUGGAAUGUGCCGUCCUUAUGCCUUCCUCCACCUUCCCAGCUCAGUGAUGAACUUGAGAGCCUGUCAGUGUUGCUCCUUAAUCAGGAGAAAGAGGUCAUCUUUGAGUGACAUGAGGCACUCUUUCCCUCAGGCAUUUAUCGCCCCGUACCUUUCACACCAUUAGCACUUCCUGCUGAAGUGGAGCUUGCAAAAGCUUGGAAUGAUAAUUGUUUUUAUAACAAAUGUGGAUUGAGUUAGAAAGGUCAGAGAUGGCAUUAUUGGAAUUAGGCUGUGCCUGGUGAUGCCAAAGCUGCAUACAUGCAAUAGUUAACUAGUCCUUGUAAAUCACAUUAUGUUAUCCAGAAAUCCAUCUUGUAGGUUAAAGUCAGUGGUGCUGGGAGGACUCACACUGGUGGCUGCUUGCUCUGGUACAGAUGUAGAAAUGAUUAGAUCAUAAAUUAAUUAGAAGGGGUUUUAUUACUAUUGUACUUGGUCCCAAGCAUAGAUCUUUCAGGGUACUGCAAAUUCUGCUCAAGAAUGUAAACGUCUCGGGAUACUUUUAUCUUGCUUAGUCAUUAAAUGUUUAAAAAGAAUUUGCCAUCUCAAAGCAAAUGCUGAUUUUACAGAACAUCCUAAAAUAAGUCUAACUCAUGCAGACUGGAAAUGUCAAGCAACGUACACCCGUACCCGUCUUUGCGCUCUGAGAUACUUGAAUGCUUGACUUGUUGGAGUGGGCAAAAACAUUCUGUUAAAUUGUUUGAAAAAUGUGUUAGGUUUCCCAAAGAAAAAUGACGAUGAUUAGAUAUUUUUCACAGAUAAUCUCCUGUUGGGGAAUAUUUUCUGUAUUCUGUUUGUAUUAUUCUGUAAACUUUGUAAAAUUCAGUUCAUUUAUGACAAAUUGGAGGUGUUUUUUGUUUCAUGUUUUCUUAAGUUUACAUAUAGGUUUAAUAUGCUUAACACGUUUUUUAAAAAGGAAGUAGCACUCAGUGGUUAACACGAUGGCUUUUUAAAAAUGUUCUUCUCUUGAAACUCUUCCCCUUUUUAAAACAAAAUUUUGUUGAAUGUGUUUUCUCCUAUGUUUCUAAGCUGUUUGUGAAAUAAAAAUCCAAGGAAAAAAGCUAAUAAUCAAAUAGAAAAAUAUAGUUGUAUUGUACUAUA